AUGUUAUGGGCGAAGGACACCGAGACGUUCCGGCUGAAGGGGCCGUCAGGUCCAGAAUGUGAGCGCAGCAGCAGCCAACAGGUUGAAGGGCUCAGCGUCGUCGUCUUAUCUCUGGCCAAGGUGGACGAGGCUAUAUACUACCUUGACGAGACUUGGGUGAAUGCUGGGCACACCAAGGAAAAGGUGUGGGAGGACGCCACUGUGUCGUCACGUGAGGACGCCUUCCGCAAGGGUCUCACAAGUGGGCUUCGCACACCGAGCGGCAAAGGUGGUCGGCUCAUUGUCCUCCAUGCUGGAAGCGAAAACGGCUUCCUGGAUGGGGCAUCUCUCGUUUUCCGGGCGAAAAAGAGUGUUAACAGUGACUACCACAAUGAAAUGGAUGGCCCACGCUUUGAGAGAUGGUUCAAAGAGCAACUUUUACCAAACAUUGAGCCACGGACCAUAAUUGUCAUGGACAAUGCUCCAUACCAAAGUGUUCAGCUCGAAAAGUUGCCUUCGACGUCGUCGCGCAAGGCAGAGAUUCAGUCUUGGUUGACUCAAAAAAACAUCCCGUGGUCUAAUGACCAGUUGAAGCCCGAGCUAAUUCAGCUGGUUAACCAAAACAAGCACCGUUUUUCUGGAUACCGCAUUGAUGCACUGGCCAAGGCUGCUGGUCAUGACAUUGUUCGGCUUCCUCCUUACCAUUGUGAAUUCAACCCUGUUGAAAUGGUAUGGAGCCAGGUCAAGGGGUAUAUUGCAGCCAACAACAGGUCGUUCAUUCUUGCUCGGGUCGAAGAUUAA